AUGCAUCAGUGCAACAUUGACUUCAAGGGAUUCAUGGGAGAGAACUUCAAGAUGUGGAGAUCUCUCAACACCAGCAUCUAUGAUGCAGAGUGUCAGCUCACCAUCAAGUCCAUGCAGCUCACCACCACAGUCACCAUGACAAAGAAGAACACCACCCCAGCUAUUCAACAGCAGCAAGAGCAGACACAAGCUGCCUGUCCCUUCAUCAACAUAUGGCGCAUCCAAUGA